AUGAUUGACAAGGGCAGUGAUGUGGUCGACAGGAAGAAAACCUACUAUCCAGUAGCAGAUUUGGUAAAAACCUACCCUCCCUUUGUAAACUUCUUUGAAAUGAGCAAAGAAACAAUUAUUAAAUGUGAAAAACAGAAACCCAGAUUUCAUGCUUUUCUUAAGAUAAACCAAGCUAAGCCGGAAUGUGGACGACAAAGCCUUGUUGAACUUCUCAUCCGACCAGUACAGAGGUUACCUAGUGUUGCAUUACUUUUAAAUGAUCUUAAGAAACAUACAGCCGAUGAAAAUCCUGAGAAAAGCACUUUAGAGAAAGCUAUUGGAUCACUAAAAGAAGUAAUGACGCAUAUCAAUGAGGAUAAAAGAAAAACAGAAGCACAAAAGCAAAUUUUUGAUGUUGUUUAUGAAGUAGAUGGAUGCCCGGCUAAUCUUUUAUCUUCCCACCGAAGUUUGGUGCAACGAGUUGAAACUGUUUCUCUAAGUGAGCACCCCUGUGACAGAGGAGAACAAGUUACUCUCUUUCUCUUCAAUGACUGCCUUGAGAUAGCAAGAAAACGCCACAAAGUUAUUGGCACUUUUAGAAGUUCACCUGGCCAUACUCGACCCCCGGCUUCUCUUAAGCAUAUUCAUCUAAUGCCCCUUUCUCAGAUCAAGAAGGUGCUGGAUAUAAGAGAGACAGAAGAUUGCCGUAAUGCUUUUGCCUUGCUUGUGAGGCCACCAACAGAGCAGGAAAACGUGCUGCUCAGUUUCCAGAUGACAUCAGAUGAUCUUCCAAAGGACAGCUGGCUGAAGAUGCUGUGCCGACACGUAGCCAACACCAUUUGUAAAGCAGAUGCGGAAAAUCUCAUGUACACUGCUGACCCAGAAUCCUUUGAAGUAAAUACAAAAGAUAUGGAUAGUACACUGAGUAGAGCAUCUAGAGCAAUAAGAAAGACUUCAAAAAAGGUUACAAGAGCAUUUUCUUUUUCCAAAACUCCGAAACGAGCCCUACGGAUGGCUCUCAUGCCAUCCUAUAACUCAGUGGAGGGCAGAAGCCCUCCCAGCAGCGAGAAGCACACAGUGAGUCGCCUUGCUAGCACAUCAUCACUAGCAGGUAUCCAAUCGCCUUCCCUUAUCAGCCUUCCUUCCUUCUUUGAAAGACGAAGUCAUACUUUAAGUAGAUCGACAACUCAUUUGAUAUAACACUUAA